AUGGCGGACGAUGGCAUGCUCCUCAAUUUCGAGCUUGGCGAUGCGCCCUUGAAGAGCCAAGUCAAAUUCAAGGGCGGUCGCUGGCGCGAUAGGCUCAAGGCGCAGAGGAGCGCCAAACAAUCACACGAAGAAGGUGGCCCCUCGUCAACCCCGCCAAGGCAGAGGACAGGCGCUGGUGGCUAUGAUGCGGGUAGAUUGGCGAAACGGCCGAGGACUGAAGAUGGGGAGUCUCACAGAUACGCAAAGGUACCGAGAACGGCCGAUGCCACCCCCAAGGCACCCAGUCACGCGAUGAAGACCGGCCAAAUCUCCUCGAGCCUAUUCACCUCCAAUCCAUCCGCCGUUACCGACUUCGACCAGCCGCCAGCGGAGGAAGAGGCCGAACCGGCGAAACCAUCCAACGCGCCGCUGUCCGAAGAGGCUGAGAACUUCCACUCCCUGGGCAUCUCGCGCCGCGUGGCCCAGCAUCUGGCGACGAAGCUCGAGAUGAAGGCCCCGACCGCCAUCCAGAAAAACACAGUGCCACAGCUGAUAAAUGGGGAUAGCGACGCCUUUCUCCAGGCUGAGACUGGCUCAGGAAAGACAUUAGCAUAUCUCCUCCCGAUUGUCCAUCGCAUCAUGGCCCUCAGUCUAAACGAGGACGGCACGCCCAAGGAUACCAAGGUACAUCGGAACUCGGGUCUCUUCGCCAUCAUCAUGGCACCCACGCGCGAACUGUGCAAGCAGAUCUCGGUCGUUCUGGAAAAGGUGCUGCGAUGCGCCCCGUGGCUGGUCUGUACCACCGUCAUCGGUGGCGAGAGCAAAAAGUCGGAGAAGGCGAGGAUACGGAAGGGAGUCAACAUCUUGAUUGCCACACCCGGUCGGCUGGCGGAUCAUCUCGACAAUACCAAGGUUCUCAACGUCGGCACGGUGCGAUGGCUGGUACUCGACGAGGGCGAUCGCAUGAUGGAAAUGGGCUUCGAAGACGACAUCAAGACCAUCGUCGGCAAGAUCAGGGCGGACAAAUUGGAGAAAGAGAAUGCCGAGGGUGUUGUGUUGGAUGGCGUCCUUCCUUCGAGGCGGGUGACCGUUCUCUGCUCGGCAACCAUGAAGAUGAACGUGCAGAAGCUGGGCGAGAUCAGUCUGGAGGACGCCAUCCACAUCAUGGCCGCCAAAUCCGAGGGGGAUGGGGACACCGACGCCGCAUUCGCUGCCCCGUCGCAGCUGAAGCAAUCUUGCAUCAUUGCGCCAGCCAAGCUGCGCCUGGUGACGCUGAUUGCUCUGCUGAAGUCGACGUUCGCAAGGAGAGGCUCCGUCAUGAAGGCCAUCAUCUUCAUUUCAUGUGCCGAUUCCGUCGACUUCCACUACCAAUUACUCAAGGACACGAAAGCGCUGGAAUUACCGACCCCUGAUUCAUCACCAACUAGACCGGAUCGCAACCCACACACAGACACAACCGUGGCCCCGGCUGCCUACGUAACAUCACCAGCAAACCCGAAGGUGAUGCUGCACAAACUCCACGGCUCACUGGCACAGCCGGUGCGCUCAGCGACAUUAAACGCCUUCUCCACCUGCAAAGACCCAGCCGUGCUCAUCACCACCGAUAUCUCCUCCCGCGGUCUCGACGUGCCGGCCGUGGACCUCGUCAUCGAGUAUGACCCAGCAUUUGCUGUACCAGACCACGUCCAUCGCAUCGGCCGUACCGCCCGUGCCGGUCGUGCGGGUAAAGCAGUCCUCUUUCUCCUCCCAGGCUGCGAAGAGGGUUACACCACGAUCCUCAACUCAUCAACGCCCAUCGCCCCGCAGCUCUACGAAUCCAUCCUGCAAAAAGGGCUUGCAUCCGUCGUCAACCUCCCCUCCACCCACACCACCUCCGAGACGGACAAGCAGACCUGGUCAUCCCGCGCCGAAGCCCUCCAGCUGCAUCUCGAGCAGCGGCUGCUCGCCAACCCGGCCGCCGCCGACGAGGACGCAGACGACAACAACAACCCCAACCCGUUCAAGGGCAACAAGGGCAACCACAACCACAACCAUCACAACAACAACAA